CCGAACAGAGGUAUUGAUUAUAAAUCAAUAAGCGUCACAGCGACGCCUGCGUGAAGCUGGGAUACUGCACAUGUGUUCCCUGGUCGAUGGCCAAAGUGAUUCAUCAUAUCCACGCUAUCCACACAUGUGAGGACGACCUGCCUGUCUAGCCCGAAGAUCAUGGGACCAGGAUUGUGCAGAUUCGCGUUUCAAGAUGAGGAAACUGUUUACAUGUAGGCAUGCGUCGGUCAAGCUGGGACAUUUCUGUGCUGGAUUCCUGUUUGGUAUCAGCACCGGUUUAAUCAAAGUUGCAUUGCACGAAGGACAAAAUACUCAAAAGUCAACUCCCAUAUAUGCGGAAGGUGAUUUUACGAAGAACAUGCGGAAACUGACUGGCACCAACACUGAACUUGAGCUGAAGAAUACCCGGGUGAUGUGCAUCUUUUACAAGAAGAGGGCAGUUAAUCUUUUACACCAACUGCGGAUUGCGAGGCGAUCCUGGACGAACAAAUGCACGUCGGUGUUAGUCUUCAUUGACAGCUAUAACAGAACGAUACCAGCUGUGUCCUUCGACAGACUCCCUAACUGGGUUAAAAUAAGCCAAUCAAAUCUCAUUACAGGAUUGCGAUAUGUGUUUGGAAACCAUUUCCAUGAUGCUGAUUGGUUCUUCAUAUCACGUGGUAUCCCUUACGUCAUUAUGGAAAACCUACGUCACUUCCUGUCAAACCAAGAUAACAGCAAUGCCGUUUAUUGGGGACAUAAAUUGAAAAGGAGGACAUUUGUCAAAGAAGUCAUAUACCCUGAUGAUUUUGCAGGAAUUGCCUUGAGCAAACAGGCUUUGUAUCGUCUUGGAACAAGGGGGCAGUAUCAAAGAGUAUGUAAUGAAGUAGACACUACAGAAGGAAUAAUGUUUUCAAUGUGUAUGGCGGGCCUUGGGAUACGGUUUGGAGACACACGUGACGGAGAGAACAAGAGCAGAUUUCUCCUGUACAGUCCAGGAUCCUAUCUGGAUGACAACCUACCAGUAACACCAUGGCUCGAGGAUCUGGAACUUGGAUUAUCGAGGCCGUCAACCCUGAUCAGCAGCAGUUUGAUUUCAUUCGGCAGGGCUCCCGUGUCCCGCUACCCCGGCUUUACCUAUACCAUCCACAAUCUGAUCACAAUCAGCAACGAAACAUGA